AUGUUGGAUGUAUUAUCAUUAUAUUUGUUCCUGCCAUUGGCAAUCCUCUGCCAUGCGCAAACACCGCCUUCAAACCCAUUUCCUGCUGGCAACUCAACUACUGAUCCUCUCGUUGUCAAUUUAGGAGUACCUUAUGCGGAAGCACCAAUUGGAUCUUUGCGAUGGCAAGCUUCGGUUCCUCCUAGCACUGUCGGUAAUGGGACAGUCGUCCCCGCUACCGCAUACGGGUAUGCCUGCCCUCAAACUUCAGACCCUACCUUGUCGAUAACCCCCUUUCAGCCCAAUGGCGGAGUAAAUGAGGACUGCUUAGUGCUGAAUGUGUGGGCACCAGCCGAUGCAACAGAUCUACCAGUUUUUGUCUAUAUACAUGGCGGAGGUUAUGACAGUGGCUCAUCAUCCUCAUUUGAUGUUCCUUUCAUGGUCAAGAAUGCCAAAGAUAAGUUUAUUGGUGUGGCUAUUCAGUACCGCCUUGGUGCCUUUGGUUUUUUGGCCAGCGAAGACGUCCACAAUUCUGGUGUGGUCAAUGCAGGGUUAUACGAUCAGUACCUCGCACUACAGUGGGUACAACGAUACAUUAAUCUUUUUGGCGGAAACUCAUCCGCGGUCACAUUGGCCGGUGGAUCGGCUGGUGCUGGUGCUGCCAUGUUGCAGGCUAUGGCAUAUGGCGGUCAAGUAAAUGAUACGCUAUUCGACCGGAUUUUCGCCACCAGUCCAUAUUUACCUCAACAGUUCAAUUACUCGGAUUCCAUGCCAACCGAUAACUACUAUUCGUUUGCACAAGAAGCAGGAUGCUAUGACCCCACUACAGGCGAUAAGUCCAAUAUCUUCCAAUGCUUGGUUGGUCAAGAUACUAUUAUUCUUCAAAAUGCUUCGUCUAUCGUCAACAACAGGGCUAGAUUUGGCCAUGGGGCUUUUGAACCUACUACCGAUGGCAUCUUCGUCCAGGACAUCCCAAGUGCCCAAUUGACAAACGGAAACUUGAACGGAAACUAUGCUCUUAUUGGAAACAAUGCCGAUGAGGGUGAAAUGUUUGUGCCACCCAAUAUCACUACAGACGCUGGAUUCACUGCCUUUGUCAAGUUCCUCUAUCCACUAUUGGACGACAACGAUAUGCUGCAAGUACAAGAACUAUAUCCGGCUAUAGACGGUAUCUCCACCACGAGAUAUGCUACAGAUGGCCUCGAUAACACGACAAAUGCAGUCAACGUGAGCCCAUUCGUGACCGGACAUCAACAACGUGCCAAUAACUUGUAUGCUGAAACAACGUUUGAUUGCCCUGCUCAAUGGCUGGCUGAAGGAUUCAGUCGCAACGGCCGUCAAAGCUACAAGUUUCAAUACUCGAUCCUGACCUCUCUUCAUGGCAACGAUUUGUAUUCGUAUAUGAAUCUCGGUAAUUCCUUGCCAAGCAACAUGGCUCAAGCAUUCCGGGAUGCCGUUAUUUCAUUCAUGAACAGUUUUAUUUCCACCGGGUCGCCGUCCGACGAAACUAUAUACAACACAACUGUGCCACUUGAUACAGCCAGUGUCCUCAAAAAUUGGUCAUCAUAUUCCCUGGAUUCACCAUUGCAGAUGAACUUGAACCAAACUGGUGGAACCCCGGCCAUUACUAAUGAUCCAAGAGAUCCAUACCAUAUCGAAGUCAUCGUCUAUAAUGACCCCGGAUUGUCUCCCUUGUUCAGCCUCGUCGAUGCCUACAACUGGGAGGGAGGCAGAGGAAAGAGAUGCGACUUUUGGAAAAGCAUCGGUUACAAGGUUCCCGGUUAA